AACGGCUGACGCAGCACCGCACAAGAAACACGAGCGGAAGGAAAGGCAAGCAAGUAGCAGUAGGAAGGAAGCAGCAGCACCUUGCCUGAGUGCCUGACGCAUUUCCCUCUCCCCGUCUCCGCGGCGCGUAAGCAAGCGGCAAGCAAGGAAGGAAAGAAGUAACGCCCGCCCGCCCGCCCGCCGGCCAGCUAGGAAGCGGCGGAGACCGGGAACUUCUUCCUUCAUCCUCGAGCUCCUGCGAUAUGGGCGCGACUGGCACGCUGGCGGCGGCGGCGGCGGCGGCGGGAUCAGAGGAGGAGGAGAAGGUCGAGAUGGAGGGCGGGACGGCGGCGGCCAUGGUGUUCCGCGGCACCAACUACUCGCUGCCGCGGACCAUAGCGGCGCUGGUGCUGUGGCUGGGGGGAAUCCACUUCAACGUCCUCCUCAUCCUCGCCUCGCUCUUCCUCUUCCCGCUCCGCGUCGCCGCCUUGGUGGUGGCGUUGCAGCUCUUCUUCAUGGUCAUCCCCCUCAACGACGAGGACAAAUGGGGCCGCAAAAUCGCCAGGUUCAUAUGCAGGUACGCGAUGGGGUAUUUCCCGAUUAGCCUGCAUGUAGAGGACUACGAGGCCUUCGAUCCCAACAGGGCUUACGUGUUUGGCUAUGAACCACAUUCUGUGCUGCCCAUUGGCGUCGCCGCCCUUGCUGAUCAUGUUGGGUUUAUGCCUCUGCCUAAACUCAAAGUCCUUGCGAGCAGUGCGGUGUUCUACACCCCGUUCCUGAGGCAAAUAUGGACAUGGUUAGGACUUAUUGCUGCAACAAGGAAGAAUUUCUACUCAUACCUUGGAGCUGGUUAUAGCUGUGUCGUAGUGCCUGGAGGUAUACAGGAGAUUCUUCACAUGGAUCAUGAUUCAGAGGUUGCUUUCCUUAAAUCAAGAAAAGGGUUUGUCAAGAUAGCUAUGCAGUCUGGCUGCCCUUUAGUCCCUGUUUUCUGCUUUGGACAGAGCUAUGCUUACAGGUGGUGGAGGCCAGGAGGCAAAUUGUUUGUUAACAUUGCUAGAGCACUUAAAUUUACUCCUAUUAUCUUCUGGGGAAGAUACGGGACACCGAUCGCUUUCUCGACACCCAUGCAUGUGGUUGUUGGUAGACCCAUUGAGCUCAAGAAAAAUCCUCUGCCUACCAUUGAUGAGAUAAAUGAAGUCCACGGACAAUUCCUCACUGCCUUGCAAGAACUAUUUGAGAAAUACAAGACGAAAACCGGAUAUCCGAGUCUCCAUCUAAGAGUCCUAUGAUGAGGUCGUUGAAAGCUCAAGUUUGGGGUUCAGCAAUCGUGGCUCUACGCUGUGCGGUCACAGUAGUUCAACGACGCUACUCGUUCAGGUUGCCGUGUGUUCGAUCAUUGUACGAAACUAUAGUGUGUUGUUGUACAACGGCCGAGUUCCAAGCUGUAGCUAGGGGCACCUGUUGAUGAUCAUAGGGCGCAUCCGAUGUAAAAGAAAUUGUCACUGGUUGCUCAUAAUUGCUAGUAUACCUUCACAGGAAAAUCUUGGGCCGGACUUUGCUUAGUUUGGAUGACUCUAAUUCUGCAACGCUUUGCAGGUGUAA